AAGGUCAGUCUUGCAUGCACGAUCGUUCUCGGUGGGAUGUCCUCUACUACAUGAACAUCUAAAAUGUUACAACAUUUUCUGGAAAAUACAGCGUGCAACUGGUUAUAACAGUAUAUAUAUCAGCUUGGCCAUGUCCAGUGGACCACCAUCUACAGUACAGUUGAGUCCUAUCAAAUCAGAAGCUAAACAACAACUAUUUGGCAGCUGCUGGAGCUGUCGACUAGUAUCAGGCGGUGGACUGUUGGCUGCCGGAGCAUAUGUAUACAUGCAGGCGCGUAAUACAAUGCGUCUAGGUGGGCCGACAUCUCUUGGCACAGUUGUCAUGAUCGCAUUUGCAGCAGGAUUGGCUUCAUGGGGCGUCGUGGUGAUUGCUGAUCCAGUGGGAAAGGCGACAAAGAAAGCAUAGCGAUGCUGAACAUUUCAUCAAUAACCAAAACAACAGUGGCAUGAUAGCAUACCGCAAGCUUGAAAUUGUUUAGCAAAACUGUGCUUAUGUAAGAAUGAAUUUACAAUAGUGUUUCAUUAAAUGUGUUUAUUUGCAAAAUGA